AUGGCGGCUCUUCUAGCGGUCAUGCUGAUGGCAGCCGCACCAGUCUUUGCACAGCCCCCCGGCUCCAACGCUGGACUCCCACCCUCGGCCACAGCCACGGGCCUGGCGGCCCAGAAGCUUACUGCCGAGAUCGGGAGCGCCUUGAUGGCGGAGAUGAAGUACACGGAUGUGGAUCUCCUGUCCUUCCUGGUCAACACCGAGUGCUUGGAGGCGGAGUUUAACUCCUUUGCCGCAUUUGGCGUGGGCAUGCACCCCAAGCUGUUCGGGCUCGACUCCCCAUCGCCCAUGGGCGGAAAGAAGGCCAACCUCUCCUGGGACAUCCAGCUCUGGUCCGAGGAGGUGGCACGUGACGAGAUUGGUCACGUUCGCAUCCUCCACGAGGCUCUGGGAGCUGACGCACCCUUCUGCCCCCAGUUGGACAUUGAUGGUGGUUUCCAGCAGCUGUUCAACGAUGCCCUCGGCACCACCAACGUGGAGUGGGACCCCUACAAGGACGAUGUUCACUUCGUGCUCAGCACCUUUGCCCUGGAGGAGAUUGGGGCUACCGGCGAUAAGGGCGUGACCGGGCUUGUCGCCAUCAACGGCAAUGGCACUGUGGUCGACCUCGUGGGUGGGCUUGCCCAGUCUGCAGGCUACCAGGCUGCUGCCGACCGCUACAUCCUGUGGACCCACCGCAACGACACCCUGCCUGAGUUUGGCAAGACCGUCAAUGAGGUCAUGGAGGAGCUGACGAGCUACCGCCAGGCCCUCACCGGGGAUGUCCAGAUUGAUCAGGGUCUGACCUACCGCGGUGGCAUCAAUGUCGUGCCCACGGACGGCAAUGGUGUGACUCUCUCCCGCACGCCCCAGCAGGUGGAUUGGGGAGUGAAUGGGCGUAUCAACACCCCCGACCCCCUGAGCCCUCCCUCCUCCAUCCCAAGCGAGCUUAUUGCCAUGGCAAACGCUCCCUACACCAUUGUCUCCAGCUACAAAGAUGUGGAGGAUCCCUUCGCGCCCAGCCCCCCCGGGAAUGUGAGCGCUUCAUCCAGCCCGUGA